AUCGACAGUAGUUUAUUGUUGAACGAGCGAAUAGAUAUCGCAAAAUUUAUCAUUCAAAAACGUAUAGAAAAUAAUUACGAAACCAUGCAGCCAGUAAUAUUCGUUUUCUAUCUAUUUAUCGCUUUUACAAUGGGGCUCAGUGGUGAUAUCGAUGAUGAUAUUGCCGAGAGAAUGGCACAAUUUUUAUUAAUGUCAAAAACGGAUGUACAGAUCUGCAUAAAUAAAACAUAUGUAAAUACUUCUUUGAUAAAAGAAGAUUUGAUGAGAUUGGACCAAUUUGUAGACGAUAAUAUUGAAACAAUAGAUAUCGAUAAAUCAAUUUUAAAAGUUGGCUGUUUAGGUGCUUGUCUGUUACAAAAAAAAGAAUUGAUGUCGAGUAUUUACAUCAAUGAAGUAAAACUUAAGGAAUUUGUAAAUUCCAUAUCAGAUUAUCGCUACAAACCCGAACAGGAUAGAAUAUUGAAUAUAUGUAUUGAUCGAGUUAAAAGCAAGUCUAACGAGUGCGAAAUAAUUUUCAAGUUGAUUCAGUGCGCAAUAUCGGAAACGAGACGCUUAAUGAGAGGAAUGCAAUAAGAGAAUUUUAAUAUUAUAUUUAAAAAUUAAUAUAAUACUUAAAAAGAGAAUUUAAUCAAGAAUGAUACACAAACAA